CAUCCUUGCAUCUCUGCUGAGGAAGACUCUGACUGCAUCUUUAAUCGGAUUGCUUGAGAUCCCAUGCACAACCUUCUUCUUAUUAGCAAGUAUUAGAGAUGGCUAACAGAGGACCAAGCUAUGGCUUAAGCCGAGAAGUUCAGGAAAAGAUUGAACAGAAAUACGAUGCAGAAUUAGAGUCUAGACUGGUGAACUGGAUUAUUGUACAGUGUGGAGAGCAGAUAGAGCACCCUCCUCCUGGAAGGCAACAUUUUCAGACCUGGUUGAUGGAUGGAACACUGUUAUGUAAGUUAAUAAACAGUUUGCAUCCAAAGGGAAAUGAGCCUAUUGCAAAGAUCUCUGAAUCAAAAAUGGCUUUCAAGCAGAUGGAACAAAUAUCUCAGUUCUUAAAAGCUGCUGAAAUCUAUGGAGUAAGAACAACAGAUAUUUUCCAGACAGUGGAUUUAUGGGAAGGGAAGGACAUGGCAGCAGUGCAGAGAACCUUAAUGGCUUUGGGCAGUUUGGCAGUCACCAAGGAUGAUGGCUGUUACAAAGGAGAUCCGUCCUGGUUCCACAGGAAAGCACAGCAGAAUCGACGAGGAUUUUCAGAAGAGCAGCUUCGGCAGGGACAGAAUGUAAUAGGCCUUCAGAUGGGCAGCAACAAAGGAGCAUCACAGUCGGGUAUGACAGGCUAUGGGAUGCCCAGGCAGAUUAUCUAAAAGCAUCUCUGUCUGUGGAGAAAACACUCUUUCUGCAGCAUGGUCUGUUAAGGAAAAAAAAAAAAAGAAAAAGAAAAAAUGCUUAUUAGUUCCUUUUCUGCCUGGUUUUUAAUAGUUAAUGCUCUCUAAGGUUUAGGGUAUUUUUGGUUUGGUUUGUUUUCUUUGCAGCUGCAAGAGUUCACCUAGGAACUUGGGGUUUUGUGGUGGUGUGUGUCAGUUCACAGCACGUGCGCACUGCUGCCUCCUACUUUUCACUUCUGAACUAUGCAAAGACAAUUAUUCUGUAUUAAUUUAUUUGCAAAGUGUUAUCUUCCA